AUGCGCCGAAUUCCAGUGGCGGUUUGGAGGGCGAUUGCUUUGCUGCGCGCUGUGCUGCCACGCGGGAGCUGGUGGGACCUUCAGCAGCUGGCUGGGGGGAAGGCAGCACGCGGGAAAGGGGCUAGUGGGGAUAGCAGCGGGAAAGGGAGCGGUGGUGGGGAUUCGCCGGGCGAGCUGUGGGACGCCGUUCGCAAGCUCUGGCGGUUCUGCGCGCCCAACAGGACCAUGCUCGUCCUCGCCUCGCUCUGCCUCGCCCUCGCCGCUCUUUCGGAGGUGACCAUCCCGCACUUCCUUGCGGCCACCAUAUUCGCCGCGUCUAACGGGCUCAAACCCCAGUUCGACAGGAACGUUCAGCUUCUCAUCACCAUGACUCUCGCCUGCGGAAUCUUCAGUGGUCUGAGGGCCGCUUCUUUCACCAUCCUCAACCUCCAAAUGGUGCGGCGAAUGCGGCUGGCGCUGUACGAGACGCUCAUCCGGCAGGACAUUGCCUUCUUCGACGGCCAGUCGGUGGGCGAUCUCACGUCCCGCCUCGGCUCUGACUGCCAGGCUGCGGGGCACACAGUGGCCAUUGACCUCAACAUCAUGCUGCGCAACGCCCUGCAGGGCAUAGGGGCAUUUGUGUUCCUCAUUCGCCUGAGCUGGCAGAUGGCGCUCGUUACGGCUGCACUCUGUGCCCUCAUGUGGUACCUGCUCAUGGUCUACGGCAGUUUCUCCCGGCGGAGCUCCAUGGUGGUGCAGGACACAGUGGCCGCCGCCAAUGAGGUGGCAGAGGAGACGCUUUCGCUGGCCCGAGUGGUGCGGACGUUUGGCACGGAGAGCAAGGAGGUGAAGAGGUACGAGGUGCCGCUGCAGCGCAUAGUGAAUGUGGGUCUGAGGAGGUCCGUGGCGUAUGGCGUGUGGACGUGCACUGGCAACACCAUCUACAACGCCACACAGGUGCUCGCUCUGAUAAUGGGAGGAGGGGCGGUGAUGGCCGGCCGGAUAACAGCGGAGCAGCUGACGCAGUUCAUUCUGUAUGCGGAGUGGGUGGUGCAUGCCACGUGGUGGGUGGGCGAUCACUGGGCCUCCCUCAUGGACUCUGUCGGCGCCUGCCACCGCGUGUUUCAGCUGCUGGAUUUGCCACCCUCAGAGCAGCUCACACAGAACCAUGGCCGUGUGUUGCCAUCGCUGAGCGGCAAGCUGGAGUUCCGCAAUCUCUCCUUCCGCUACCCCACCCGCCCUGAGGCACCCGUAUUGGAUCACAUCAACCUGACCAUCCAUCCAGGCGAGCUGGUGGCGCUGGUGGGUCUCAGUGGCAGCGGCAAGAGCACCCUAGUCGGGCUGCUGCAGCGACUCUACGAGCCCACCGAAGGGCAGGUGCUUAUAGACGACGUGCCUCUACCGGAGAUUGACAUCGCAUGGCUGAGAAGCCACAUUGGCGUCGUCAGCCAGGAACCCCGUCUCUUCAGCACUGACGUUGCUUCCAACAUCGCUUAUGGAAGCAGAGAGGAAAUUUCUCAAGAGCAAAUCACCAGAGCAGCAACUCAGGCCAACGUCCAUCAGUUUGUUUCUGGGCUGCCCGAGGGCUACGACACGGUGGUCGACAACGCGCGGCUGAGCGGCGGGCAGAAGCAAAGAAUAGCGAUUGCGCGGGCUCUAGUGCGCGACCCCACUCUUCUGAUUCUGGAUGAGGCCACGAGUGCUUUGGAUGCUGAGAGCGAGCACUACGUGCAGAUGGCACUGGACCAAGCCAUGCAUGAGGACUCGGCAAGGGGAAGGAGAAAACGGACAAUCAUUGUGAUCGCUCAUCGGUUAUCCACGAUUUGUUCCGCAGAUAGAAUAGUGGUGAUGUCCGCAGGCAAAAUUGUCGAGGUUGGCACACACCAGCAGCUGAUGGAAAGGAAAGGAGAUUCCAGCUCAUUAGCGGAUGACUUCAACGAGGUGCUUCGCGAAGCUAUCGCCCAAGUCCCGUCGCACGUGCGAUGGUUCUCCGUCAGCCACGAUCAGCGCAUGAUCAUCCACCUCGUUCACCGCAAGCAACCAGGCGCCCAGCCGCCACGCGCGGGAAUCUCCGCCAGCGGGGCCGCCACCAUUGUCACCGCCGCGGCGCACGAGUGCGCGGAUCGGCAGCGCGUCCGUCAGCUUCUGCAGUCCCUUCUCGACGAAUGCGCCGCGGAGCUGCUGCCGACGGUUGACGCCGCGGGGGAGGCGCAGGCGCAGGCACAAGCCGCGGAGCGCGAAGGCGGAGCAGAGCAAAACGGAGCGGCAGCAACAGCCGCGGAGGAGCCUAAUGUUUUCCUGUUUGAGCGGAAAAAACAACAGCUAAAGAAGCUAGAGCAGCGCCUUAGGUCUUUAAUCGCGUCGCAUAGGGGCGUCGUGCCUCCCCGCCCCGUCCUAAUGCUCUACCCCGGCGCGCCCAAGCGCUUCCUCACGCGCGCGCCCGAGCCUCCCCCGUGGGAAGGCGGAGCGGGGGGAGCGGGGGAAGAAGAGGGGCGGAGGGUGCUGGAGUGCGGGCGCACGCGACUGCAAAAGGAAUUGGCGGAGCUGGACGAAAACGAGGACGAUGAUAACGAGGAUGAUGCGUUUGUAUUCAACGUGGCGGGGAGGGCGAGAGAGGGGGGAAUUCAACGGGGGCUGCGCGGGGCUGCAAAUGGGGGCGCGGGGAAUGGGGGCCCGGUGAAUGGGGGCGCGGGGAAUGGGGGCCCGGUGAAUGGGGACGCUGGGAGUGGGGGGGUUGACAGGGUGGCGGAGGCACCGCAGCAGCAACGGCUGCAACAGCAGGAGGAGGAGAAGACGGAACAGCAGGAGCCUGCACAGCCAGGCGCACAACAGGCAGCCUCUGCAGGGGGGUCAGGGUGGAGCAGCCCCUUAGCCUCUGCUGAUUUCUCCUGGGCGGCACGCGUGGCACCUGACGGCUUGUUCGGCAGCAUUGCCAGCGCGGUGGCAGCAGUUGCUUCGGGUUCCUCCACUCCCCCUUCACCUGCACCGCACGGCAACACCAGUGCACACCCCCCUGCCCACCCUGUUCCAUCCACCCCCCCACCUACACCCAAUCCUGGUUCUACCGCCUUUCCCCCCCGUCCUGCCACUCUCACUGCUCCGCCCACCAUCGCCACUGCAUCUCCUGGCCCGUCCAACCCCAGCGGGCUCUUCCAAUCAGGCAUCAAUGUGAUAUACGAAUCAGCAGUGGCGUUCUCAACUGAGUAUACCAACACGAUGCGCACGCUCACACACACCACCAGCGCCACCAACGCCAACUGGUCGACUCAAUUCUCCAACAUGGUUACCGCCGCUGCCAUCGCUGCUGGUACUCUGGCCAGCGGCCCUGCUGUUUCAGGUGACGCUUCAGGUGCUGCUUCAGGUGCUGCUGCUGGUGAUGCUGCAGUUGGGAACAACAGAGGAGCAAACGCCGCCUCUCACGCUGCCAAAGCAGGUCCGGGUAACGCAGGGUUACCACCGACGCAAGGCCGGCCUAGGGAUGGGAAGGUGCGGGGGCGGGUGGGUGACGUGGCGCCGUCAGGGCUGACGUGGGAGGAGGAGAUUGCGUCCCAGCUGGCGUCUGUGGGCGUGGCUGUGUCGUCCUGGGGCCCUGGGGAAGAGGCGCGGGCGGAGAGGGGAGGAGAUGAUGGAGGUGGAGUGGGAGUAGGAGGAGGGGAACAGGGAGUAGGAGGAGGGGAACAGGGAGUAGGAGGAGGGGAACAGGGAGUAGGAGGAGGGGGGAGGGGAGUAGGAGGCAAUGGCGAAGCAGCAGCAGCGGUGGCUAGUAAUGGCGCGUCACCCGCAGCGUCAAAAGCAGGAGCGGCAUCAGAGAGGGGAGAGACUGCCCCUCCAGCAGCCCCUCCAGCAAGUUACCCAACAGCAAGGAGUGCUGGCAGCAGGGCAAGGACUCAGAGCAUGGUGGGACUGGUUGGGGGAGGGAGGGCAGCCACAGGAGCCAAAGGAGCAGAUGGAGGGGUGGGAGUGCGGGGCACGCUAGGCAUAAAUGUGCGGACAGGGCACAACCGGGCGGCAUCUGUAGCAGCGUCUGUAGCGGGGGCACCACCGCCUUCCCCAGGAAGCGGAAGCAAGUUUGGGGGAUUUGGGUUUGGAAGCUUUCUCCCCAAGGGGUGGAGAAAGGCGCUUAACCUGGAGUGA